AAAAAAAUCCGAACAAUGCGUGUCGAUAAAAACAACACAAUUAUCUCAUACAAGGAUAAAGUCACCGAUUCCAUUCAAGUACGUAUUGACACUUUGUGUCACGAGCGAAACCAUAAAAGUAUCGAGUGAAUAGAGAUAAAUCAGUAUAGAAUUGAACAUUUCACUUUGAACAUUCCAAUCAAAGUAAACUUUUUCUUUGGCUUUGAACUUUGGAUUUAUUCCGAAAUUUCACCUUCGGUUGUGCGACACAACUCUAAAGGAUCAUUUUGUGCUCUGGUUGAAUUUAGAGUUUUAGUCUUUUGAAAAAAAAAAAUUCAAAAAGUCUUUUCAAAAACAAUCCUUUAGAGAAAGUCAAUGAAGUUACUGACAUAAAACUGAUCAGGUUUGAAGAAGAAAAAAAAAAUUCCCACAAAAACAAGAUUCUUCCACACAAAAAAACUCGACUUGUUCGACCUGAUGCUCACUUUUUGUGGGUAAAAAAAAAAAAAAAAAUAUGUAAUUGACGUAUUGAUCCAUGCAUAAGGUGAGACUGAUUGCAAAUUUCCGAUAAUUAUGAAAAAAAUCAGCAACAGAACAAAACCGACAACCUUGGAAUGAACAAAUUAGUAGAAAAAUCGUGAAUCAAUCGACAUUAUCGCAAAGUCAAAGCCGAAGAUAAUGGAUGUGCUCAACAAGACACUUGAACUGUAUGAAGCGCGGGAGAUUUUUCUAUCGUUCAACGGUGGCAAAGAUUGUACCGUAUUGCUACACAUGUUCGCCAGUUUGUUUACAAAACGAUAUCCAAACAAAACGCUACUCUGUUUGUACAUCCAACCGGAGAGUCCGUUCGAUGAAAUCGAAGAUUUUAUCCGUGAAUGUGAACAAACCUAUCGCAUUCAGAUGGAAACGAUACGUGGUACAGUGAAAGGGUCUCUCUUUGAAAUAUGCCAAAGAUAUCCGUACUUGAAGGCAGUCGUCAUGGGAUGCCGACGUACCGAUCCGUAUUGCAGCGAUUUGAAUGAGUUUCAGAAGACAGAUUUGAGUUGGCCGCAGCUGAUGCGAGUGAAUCCAUUGCUCGAUUGGAAUUGCAAAGACAUAUGGGACUAUUUGCAUGAGAAGGAUGUGCCUUAUUGUUCGCUGUAUAAAAAAGGAUACACAUCAGUUGGCGAUCGAACAAAUACCGUGCCGAAUCCGUAUCUCAAGCGAGCGAAUUCGAUACCGGGAAAGGAUGAAUACUUGCAUGCCGAUCAACUUAUUAACGCAGACGAAUACGAACGCGCUGGCCGCCUAUGACACACAGCCCACAGCAAACUUUAGUUCAAACGUUUGCUCUAUAAAUCAAUGGUCAGAUUUGUAUUGGCUAGGAACAAAAAUUGUACUUCUUUCCUGAUAAACAAACCAAUUGACCGAAUUUCAUCCAAUUGUUACUUACCCGUUAGAAUUUAUAUUUAUUUUCAUAAACAAUUUAAAAAAACAUUUUUUUGCUGUAAAAAAAAUCAACCUUAUUUUUGGCAAGGUGAUGAAAAGAAUGAUUUUUUUCUGUUAUUAUUACUAGUAGUUGAACCUUCGAUUUUUUUCCAUUGUAUAUUUAUUAAAAGAUAGAGAGUAAUAAAUGAGAAUGACAUGGCAUCAAA